CAUCAAAGAAGAACUCACAAAUCUCCUCAGCUCAACAAAUUCACAGUUUCUGCACAAAAUGGGUUCAGAAUCUCAUCAACUUCAAGCAGAAAUCGACGCCUGCAACUACGCCAUAACGCUCUGUAGCUUCUCUGUUCUUCCCAUGACUCUCGCUACCGCCAUAGAACUCGGCCUGUUCAAGCUUCUCUCUGCUGCUGGUCCUGGAGCUCAGCUUUCCGCUGAAGACUUUGUAGCUAAGCUGGCCAAAGAUUCUACAAGCGACCAUGCCGCUUCUAAGCUGGAGAGGCUUCUUCGUGUUCUUGCCAGCCACUCUGUCUUCACCUGCUCCACUGCAACAGACUCCCAUGGCCGCACUGUUCAUCGCUAUGGAGCUUCUCCUGUUUGCAAGUACUUCACUCCAAACGAAGAUGGAGUCUCUUUAGCCUCUCUUGCUAUGAUGAGCAAUGAUUUGGUCACCAUUGAAAGCUGGUAUCAUCUAAAGGAUGCAAUAUUGCAUGGGGGAGUGGCCUUUAACAGAGCUCAUGGUGGACUGAAUGAAUUUGAGUACCAUGCUACAGAUCCAAGAUUCAGCAAAGUUUUCAAUGAGGGAAUGAGAAGCCAUUCUAUAAUAAUCAUGAAGAACAUUCUGAAAAUUUAUGAGGGAUUUGGGGAUGUCAAUGUGCUUGUUGAUGUGUGUGGUGGAACUGGAGGAACACUCAGUAUGAUCACUGCAAAGCAUCCUCAUAUCAAAGGGAUUAACUUUGAUCUCCCUCAUGUUAUUGCUCAAGCACCUCCUUUGCCAGGAGUGGAGCAUGUUGGAGGAGAUGUGUUUGAAAGCAUUCCCAGUGGAGAUGCUUUGUUCUUGAAGUGGGUUCUCCAUGACUGGAAUGAUGAAGACAGCUUGAGAAUUCUGAAGAAUUGCUGGAAAGCAGUUUCAGAGAAUGGAAAGCUGAUAAUUGUAGAUUCCAUUCUGCCUGAAAGUCCAAACUCCACAGCUGCGACACAUUGUAUCUUGCAUGCCGACAUGUUUAUGCUUCUGGAGAGCCCAAGUGGAAGAGAGAGGACAGAGAAAGAGUUCAGAGCUUUGGCCAAACAGUCUGGAUUUUCUGGAUUCAAAGUUCUCUGCAACUUCUCCAAUGCUUGGAUAAUGGAGUUUAGCAAAUAGUUAAGACAUAAAGAUAGUAUGGUUGUUGAGUUUCUUCAAGUGGUUUUUUAUUUUGGAUUUUGUUGAUGUUCCUCUUAAGCUAUAUAUGCUAUGAAAUAAGAAAAUUCAAGAUGUUUUGUGAUGACAUA